UAUCAUCCCACGCUUCGUGACACAGUCUUUGCAAAACCUGAGAUCCGAUUUCUGCGUUGGAGGAUGUACUAGACUGCGUAGUGUUCUAUCUCAAAGUGUAGAGGAUUGAAAUCUGCCGCUGGAUUAUAUGAAACUGAGAGAACGGUACUUUGCUCGCUAUCGAGUACAGGAACGUGAUCAUAAAACGUGUGAAUAGUAUAUACCUCGAUUUUAUUACCAAGUGUAAUAUUACUGCCUCUAUAACUACGUUAGCUUCCGAGUUCAUCGAUGACAUCAAACCCCAAACUGUUAGUACCCGGAAUAAUUCAAGCAAGAGCCAUCCUCAUCGCCUUCAGGGAACUCUUCUUCUCAGCAAUCAUAUCACGUCGGAAAACCAAAGAAUCACACCAUUGACCACCAGUCACCCUCACAGGAUUCGGAGCAUCCUUCAAGACAUCCCGAUCCUUCCGAUUCUACGAAAAGGGCAUCGUCUAGACUGGAGCUGUACCUGCCGUACGCCCCGCUGCCGGGAGGCGGCGGAAUCCUCCCGGCGGUGCCGAGCAGCGUUGGAAGCGGCGGGUGCAGACCGGUGCUCCUUGGUGGUGUCGACCUCUCGAUGUCCGCGGCGGUCCAGCAGGUCCCCCAAGGCGCCGUUAGCCACGCACCCCUUCACCCCGUCGUCGGUGGCCUUCAACUUCCGGUCCUAGGUUCAGGCCAAGUGCCGAUGAUGCCGAGACCUCCUCUGAGCAGCAUUGCUCCGAUUGGAUCUACCCUGCAGCCGACGGUUCACCACGAAGCGAAUGACCUCGCUGACGCGCCACCGAAUCCUGAUGUCCUCCUGGCACUUCUGGCUAGGAACAAGAGCCUCGAAGAGAAUAAACGAUCCGAAACUACCAAAAUCCAUUGUUGUCUGGUCAAGGAGCAAACAUCCAUACCGAAGUGCGGCGGCUGUCAGGAAGCCAUUUUGGACAGGUAUAUCCUGAGGGUACUCGAGAGGUGUUGGCACGCUCGUUGUCUCACCUGUCGCGACUGCGGAGCACGUCUAACCGACAAGUGCUUUGCUAGGAACGGUCACGUAUUCUGCAAGGAUGACUUCUUCAAGUGUGGCAGGCGCUUCGGAACGAAGUGUGCUGGCUGCGGGCAGGGCUUGGCACCAUCCCAGGUCGUCCGCAGGGCACAGGAGCUCGUAUACCACCUCACCUGCUUCUCAUGUGCCCUUUGCUCGCGGCAACUGGACACCGGUGAUGAGUUUUAUCUCAUGGAGGACAGGAAAUUGGUUUGCAAACCCGACUACGAACAGGCCAAGGCCAAAGAAUUGGCUGACGGUGGCAGCAUAGACGGUGAUCAGCCAAACAAGCGACCUAGGACGACAAUAACAGCAAAGCAAUUGGAGACGCUCAAGUUGGCGUACAACAACAGUCCAAAACCGGCGCGGCACGUGAGAGAACAGCUUUCGCAAGAUACAGGGCUGGACAUGCGCGUCGUUCAAGUCUGGUUCCAAAACAGAAGAGCGAAGGAGAAGAGGUUGAAAAAGGACGCGGGAAGGACUCGAUGGUCGCAGUAUUUCCGGAGCAUGAAGGGCGGCAGCGGAGGCGGACAUUCGCCUCGACACGAAAAGCUCCUUGACAAAGACGAGCUGAAAGUGGAUCUGGACUCGAGUUUCAGUCACCACGAUUUGAGCAACGACAGCUACGGAACAGUGGUCAACAUGGGGAUGGACGGUGAGGGUGCGAGUCCGGGGGGUGGUGGGGGUGGAGGAGGCGGUGGACCACCCAGAGGAUAUCUUGGCGGCACGACACCGCCGUACCUCUCGGCAUCGAGAUCACCCUCGUUGCCACCACAGUUUCCUUAUCCACCCGACGCGGGGUUGUCCGUCUACACCACCCUGGGAGGACCCGGCGGUAUGGUACCAGGACCACCGUCAGACUUGAGCAACGAGUCGAGCGGGGGUGGCGGGGGUGGAGGAGGCGUAGGAUACCCCGAUUUCCCUCCAUCGCCAGACUCAUGGCUUGGAGAGACACCAGCGCACCCUCACCAUCACCCUCACUACGCCACAUAACCCCCCAAAUUCGUCACUACCCCCGUAAAAAUUCCCUGAUGUACCGCGAAGAUCGAUUGAUAUCAGAAUAUAAGUUAGAAUCAUGCGGAACUUGGGAACAAAUUUGGCA